UCUGUCAUUUGAAAAUAAAAAAAAAAAUAUGUCAUAACCUCAAACUUAUGAUAUGAGGCGGAAAACUUUUGGACUUGGACUAAAUUUGUAAAUAAAAUUGCUGAGAAUACCUGAUUAAUCAUGAACAACAUUCUGCGGCAUGGAUUUCAACAUGUUGCCCUAAAAUAUUUCAAUAAUAUAAACUCCCAUGCUGGAAGUCUAGUUAGGCAGAUAUCACUUGGAAGUAUUCAUCGCCAACAACAAAAAGAAAAAAUUCAUACUUUCGAUGAAUUUGUAAAUGGAAAACGUUGCCAAGCUUCGCGCAGUAUUGUUGUUCAGGUUAGUUCAGAAAAAUCCUUCCCAGAACUCUAUACGUACUGUGCUGACUUUGGUACAAUUAUCGAUGCACAACACUAUCGAAUGUAUCACGAAGAAGUCCAUUAUAUCUUGAUAGAGUUCUCCACCGAAGAAGAAGCAAUGCAUGCUAUAGAUUCAUCGGCGUACAACGAGGAUUUGUCAGGCGUUCCGGUGCGUUCGCCAUUUCUAUGGUUUAAAGCAUCCGGAAAGAAAAACAAAACUCAACAAUGUAAAAGACCACUUGUAGUUGUGGAAGGCACAAGACAAUUUCAAAAUGAAGAACUAAGUGAUCUACUGCGGGUGGCAGAGAACUUAGACAAGCAAAUCGAGAUUUUGCAUCAAUCGACAAAAUUAAACGAUUUAGGUGUACGUUUGAGGUUUUUAGCAGCAUUACAAAUUGAAUCGUCGAUCUCUGGAAUGUUUCCGGCUGCAAAUGCCCAACCAUUUGGAUCCACAGUUAAUGGGUUUGGAAAGACUGGCUGUGAUCUGGAUUUGAUUUUAAGAUUAGAUUUCGAUGGUAGGCAGGAAAACAAGGAUUCCCGACUGGUGUAUCAUACGAAAGAGAAUUUAACUAAUGGACGAUCGCAAAUACAACGGCAAAUGGAAAGUAUUGGCGAUAUGAUGCAUCUGUUUCUACCUGGAGUGUGCCACGUGCGAAAGAUUCUACAAGCUAGGGUGCCAAUUUUGAAAUAUCAUCAUGAACAUCUUAACCUGGAAGUGGAUUUGUCCAUGAAUAAUUUAUCCGGUUUCUAUAUGUCCGAACUGCUAUACAUGUUUGGUGAAAUGGAUGAUCGAGUUCGCCCGUUAACAUUCUGCAUUCGAAAAUGGGCCCAAUCAUGUGGUUUAACUAAUCCCUCACCGGGACGAUGGAUAUCAAAUUUUUCGCUAACCUGUCUGGUAAUAUUUUUCCUGCAACAAAUGAAGAAUCCUCUCCUGCCAUCCAUAAAUCUGUUAAUGAAAUCUGCCAGACCAGAAGAUAUGCGAAUAACAGAAGACGGUAUUAACUGCACGUUCCGGCGAGACUGGAGAGAACUGCCGUUCAAGACUAAAAACACAUCCCGAACUAGUGAAUUACUAUUGCAAUUCUUUGAAUUCUACUCCCAAUUCGAUUUUGCAAAUCGAGGGAUCUCUCUAAAUGAAGGAAAAGCCGUAUCCAAACCAGAUCAUGCGGCAUUGUAUAUAAUUAACCCACUAGAACAGUUACUAAAUGUUAGUAAGAAUGUGAGCCUUGAAGAGUGUGAGCGAAUACGAAUAGAGGUUCGUAAUGCAGCUUGGGUGCUGGAGUCUGAAUUAGAAAAUCAAACACUGCCUGAGAAUGAUCAUUUGAAAACAGAAUGGGGAGUAUUGAAUUUGUUUAAAACUCCGGAGCAUGCCAUAAUCCGGCCGAAUAUGUUCUUCAAACAGCGAAUGGUUGAGGUGAGAGAAUUGUUUAAUGAUUCUGAGGCACGGACAGUACCUAUGCCAAAUAUGGAAUUCAAAAAUAAUUCUGUCAAACAACACGUACAAAGUGUGAAGCUCAAGGGCAAAGGUGAUAUAAAACAAAUGCGAUUGAAUUUCGAUAAUGAGAGUUCAAAAAGAAGAAGAAGAUGAAAAUAGUGACAAAUUUGUUAUUUAAACAAAAUGUAAAAACAGUUUUUGAAAUAAAUUACUUCCUUAAGAUAA